GUGACAAAUAUGACCCAUCGUGUGGCAGUUAUUGGAGGUGGUAGUUCAGGUCUGGCCUGUAUCAAGUGUUGUCUGGAUGAGGGGCUGGAGCCUGUGUGUUUUGAAAGUAGUGAUGACAUCGGUGGUCUAUGGAGGUUUAAGGAGAAUCCUGAGCCUGACAGGGCCAGCAUCUAUCACUCACUCAUCAUCAACACUUCCAAGGAGAGGAUGUGUUUCAGUGACUUCCCCAUUCCUGCACACUUUCCCAACUUCAUGCACAACUCUCUCAUCAUGGAUUACUUUCGGAUGUACGCUGAUCAUUUCCAACUCACCAAGCACAUACGCUUCAAUACCAAGGUGUUGCAGGUGAAGCAGCGAUCAGAUUUUUCUCACUCAGGCCAGUGGGAUGUGGAAACAGAGGACAAGGAUGGCAAAAAGGACAAACACAUUUUUGAUGCUGUGUUGAUCUGCAUUGGACAUCACUGCCAUCCCAACAUGCCCCUUCAUGACUUCCCAGGAAUCAACACAUUCACAGGAAGAUAUUUCCAUAGCCGAGACUACAAGACUCCUGAAGAGUGGAGGAAUAAAAAGGCUAUAGUUGUUGGAAUAGGGAACUCUGGAGGAGACAUAGCUGUGGAACUGAGCAGAGUCACCAAACAGGUAUAUCUGAGCACUCGAAGGGGAGCCUGGAUCAAAUAUCGAAUGUCAGUCAGAGGAUUUCCUCUUGAUAUGCUCACCUCCCGGGUGCAGAGCUCACUGCUGCAGUUACUUCCCUUUGGAUUACAGUGCAGCAUGGCUGAGAAUCAAAUGAACCAAAGGAUUGACCACAGUCUGUAUAACCUCAAACCAAAACACAGGUUUUUCAACCAACAUCCCACAGUGAAUGAUGAGCUGCCCAACCGCAUCCUGUCUGGAACAGUUAUGGUCAAACCCAACAUCCGCAGAUUUCAAGGGUCCAGCGUGGAGUUUGAUGAUGGAAGUGUUGUUGAGGACAUAGACCUGGUGGUUUUUGCCACAGGUUACAAGUUUUCCUUCCCUUUUCUGACUUCACAAGUGGUCUCAGUGAGUGAGAACAAAGCAUCUCUGUACAAGUACGUGUUCCCUCCUGAACUGGACCGUCCCACACUGGCCAUCAUUGGUCUGGUGCAGCCACUGGGGUCCACAAUACCUGUCUCUGAGAUGCAGGCCAGAUGGGCCACUCGGGUCUUUAAAGGUUGUGUCAAGCUUCCUUCAGUUUCGGCCAUGUUGAAGGACAUUCAGUACAAAAAGGAGACCAUGGCUAAAAGGUAUGUCACCAGUCAGAGACACACCAUCCAGGUGGACUAUGUCGCUUACAUGGAUGAGAUAGCAGAGUUGGUGGGGGUUAAACCCGCACUGUCACGACUUCUGCUGACUGACCCCAGACUGGGACUGAAUGUGAUGUUUGGUCCCACCACCCCUUGUCAGUACCGUCUCAGAGGGCCAGGAAAGUGGGCUGGGGCCCGUCAGGCCAUCCUCACUCAAUGGGAGAGAGUGGCUAAACCCAUGCAGACCAGGAUCUGUGAUGAACCCAAAGCCCAGAGGUCAUUCAAGUGGCCUCUGAUUCUGUCAGUUACUGCUUUGGCCUUGGCUGUGUAUGUGAAAAGGAAGUCUUUUCCAUCUUGCAUAAUACUUAUCUUUAUCUUCAAUUGGACGAUGUACUAAGAUACCUUUCAGUGAUGGAUAAGGACAUUUUUAUUACUCUCAGUGCUUAUUCUUUAUCUUUGUGUGUUCUUUUAGUCUGUGUUAUCAGGAUUUUUGUGGUAUG